UACAUACAUGCAUGCACUUGACCACUUUAUUUCCUACCAUUGAUGGAGAGACAGGGCUGAAUUGUGCCUGGCCAGUCAAAUAAAGGAGAUUUAAUUCUCUGUGACUGCCCCACUCGCACUCCCAUUCUGAUUUGAAAAGAUUUGCGAGCGUUUCACUCCUUCUUCUUCCUUUUUGUCCACCAUCUCCCACCACCAAAACUGAUCUCCAUCCCUUCCCCUACCGCUGUGUUCUUUGCUAUAAGAACAACCGUCAAAGCGCUGAGGAAGUAGUGACUGAGAGAUUAUUAUCACUUUUAACACACAAACACUAACUAUAUAAUUCAUCACAAAUAAACCCGCAUUCAUCAUGUCUACCAAAAAGAACAUCGAUGGUGAAGAAGUUCUGGAAGGUUACCGCGGUAAUCUAACAAAAGAUCAACAAAAAUCACUUCGAGAAAUUUACAAGCGAUUGUUUGAACUUUAUGAUCAAAAUAAAGGUCGUUCAGACGAAUUAGAAAAGCUUGGAGGUCCAGCAGCAGCAGCAAAAAAUAAACCAAAAAAGGACGAUGGCAAAGGAAAGAAAGGAGAUGAGGCAGGCAAAGAUAUUCCAAAGGACGAUAAAGCCAAAGAAGAAGCCAAGAAACAAGAAGAAUUACGUGAUUUACGUGAUAUGAUGGAUACCUUUGGUGGUCCUUACCUUCGUCGUGGUCUUUGGGAAUUCGUCAAACAUGAUCAUCCAGACGCAGGAAUCUUGCGUUUCUUGCGUGCACGUAAGUGGGACUUAGAUCGUGCCUUGGCAAUGUUGGCAGCCGCUUUGAAAUUCCGUUUUGAAAUGGACGUCGAAGGUAUCAUUCGCAAGGGUGAAGCUGGAAUGGCCGAUGAGCCAGGUUUCUUGAAUCAAUUCAGACGUGGUAUCUCGUACAUCAAAGGUAACAGUGAUGCUCCAGGUGAAUAUCCAAUCUACUUUAUUCACGUAGCCCGUCACUUUACCAACGCUCAAAAGCACGAAACCCUUCAAAAGUUCGUCUUGCUUGCCAUGGAGAAUGCUCGUCAAUUGACCACGCCUCCAUAUGAAAAGGCUAUUGUCGUUUUCGAUAUGCAAGGUUUCGGUUUGAAGAAUAUGGACUGGCAAUGCGUCUUAUUCUUGGUCAAAUGUUUGGAAGCUUAUUACCCCGAAUCCCUCCAACGUAUUUACGUUCAUUCCGCUCCUUGGAUUUUCAAGGGUAUUUGGCAAGUUUUGCAACCGAUGUUGGAUCCCGUUGUGCGUGAUAAGAUCAAAUUCAGUAGUAAAGCUGCUGAUUUGAAAGAUUACGCAUCCACCGCCAAAUUACGUAAAGGAAUGGGCGGUACAAUGGACUGGGAUUGGGACUAUAUUGAACCUGAUCCACAGGAGAAUGACCUGCAAAAAGACACCGAAACGGUGGAAGCCAUGCAAAAAGAAUACGACGACUUGGCAACCAAAUUCGAAGAAACUACACGUGAGUGGAUCAAAGCAGGUGAUUCAGACGAUGAUGCACCUGAUUUGACAUUCAAACGUGAAGUGAUCGCCAAACAAUUGCGUUUGACAAGCUUGCGUAUGAACAGAUAUUGCCGUGCACGUAACGUUUAUCAACGUGCUGGUAUUCUAAAAGAUACUGGUAGAUUCGAAUGGGAUUACCCACAACAAGACGGUGAAACAAUUCAUCAGACCAUCAAUGAUCGUCACGAUAUCCUUGCUCUACGUAAGUGGCUGCAAGAACAUGAUGAAGAUACUCUUGAUGACUCAGUCUCGGGUAAAAAGGGUUACUGUGGUCCAGAAGCAGAACCGCUCAACCCUGUCGGAGGUCAACCAAAUGCUGGGGGUGGCGCAAAAGGCGGUCAAGAAUCUCAACAACAAUCCAAGCCUCAACGCAGCAAGAGCGAACGCAAGCCUGUUGCUGAAGGUGCUGCCGCUGGAGGCGCAGCUGGCGGAGCUUUGGGUGCCUUUGGUGCAUUGAAGAGUAAGGCCAAGGGUAAGUCUGAUGACAAUGAGCAAAGCGAAGAAAAGUCUCAAUCGCAGCAAGAACAACAACCACGUUCGCCUACACAAGAAAAGCCAGAAAGACCACCUCCACGUCAAGCAUCCAUCUCACAAAGUCAAUCACAACAAAAGAAUGGCUCUGCAGAAGGCGAAAAGGAAGAAGAACCAAAGACGUACACUGGUGCUGCCAUUGGUGCGAUUAGCGGUGCUGCUGCCGCUGCUGGUGGAGCUGCUGCAGGAGCUUACGCCUAUGUUCGUGGUGGUGAAAAUGGUGAAGAACAACAAAAUGGUCACCAAGAUGAGCACAACGAGGAAAACUAUGACGAUGAAGACUACAACGAGGAUGAUGACGAUGAUGCAGAAUCCAAUUACAGUGACGAAUCAAUCACUCCUGAUACAAAGGUCGAUCUCUCUUUCAUCGGUGAUAAGCCACCUACUGCCGCUCAAGUGAAGCUUUCGGAUGAAGAAUGCAGACGUGACUUGGGCACCGUUCGUGAAGCCAUGUCUCUUUUCUUGAACUCCAAGAUGCGUGAAGCAGAAGAAUUGUGCUUGGAAGGUGCAGAUGUUCGAUUGUACAAGGCUGUCGGAAUGGCUUUGAUCAAUGCUGUCAAGUCCAUCAUGACUUUCGAGCCAACGGAUUUCGAAACUGCAAUCGCAUGUUGCAAGCACGGAAUGCAAUUGGCAAGCUUGUUGCGUAAGAAAGUCGGUACCGUUGGUAAGCUCGUUGGUCAAUCUAAAGAAAAGACUUUCAAGACCAUGACUCUGGUUCAACAACAUGCAGAAUUGGUCUACACUGAAUCUAUGUUGCUCAAAGCAGUUUUGGGUAUCUUUUACGCUGGUGACAGUUUGGCAUUCGUCAAGCAUGCUUUCAGCUUGCGUAAUGCCUACUUUUCCAUGCGUGAAUUGAUGAAAUUCGUCGAAUAUUGCGAUGGUGAAGCAGAAGAAGCUCAAAUUCAUAACCGCCAAGCCAAGGUAACAAUCGAUCAAGAUUUCCGUUCAGGUGUUUACUUUUCUAAUGGGAUGUGCUCGUUGAUUUUGAGCUUGUUGCCAGCCAAGGCCCUCAAGAUGAUGGAAGGAUUAGGAUUCACUGGAGACCGUAGAUACUCUUUGGAUCUCUUCUCACGUGCAGGUGGAUGGAACAAGAGCAGACCUUUGCCAAGCGUUUCAGCAGAUGAAGAAGGUGUUCGUCGUCCAUUGUGCGAUUUGGGUAUCUUGACUUAUCAUUUAGUCAUCUCAAGCUAUGUGCCGGUAACGGAUGUGGACUUUGAAUAUGCCGACAAGGUUUUGAGUUGGAACUUGGUCAGAUUCCCCAACGGAAUCUUCUUCCUCUACAUGUCAGCCCGUCUUUAUGCCGCACAAGCAUUGCCCGAAAAGGCAAUCGAAUACUUCAGAAACGCAAUCGAAUCGCAAAGUGUUUACAAGCAAUUGCAUCACUUGUGCUUCUGGGAUUUGAGUUUGACUUAUUUGGCCACUUGCGACUUUGCUCGUGCAUAUGAAUGCUAUGAUGUUCUCUCCAGAGAAUCCAACUGGUCAAAGGCAAUUUACCAAUACGCCAAAGCAAUCAUGUUGUACGAAACUGGAAUGGACGAACGUGCCAAGUCUGCAACAAUCAUGCGUACCGUACCUAAACUAACCAAAAAGAUUGCCGGUCGUCAAAUUCCAUUCGAACGAUUCGUCAUGCUCAAAGCAAAGAAGUACAUUGCCAACAACAACAGAUUACCAUUGGCCGCUUUGGAAUUCUCGUACAUUUGGCACUGUAUGGCACAAACGCCUGUGUUCUUGUUGGUGGAGAAUACGUUGACAAGAAUUGAUGAGUUUAUUGACGAAUUGGAAUCUUAUCAUGACCCCAAGGCUUAUGGAACAGGAGAGAAUGAAUACUGGAGCGCAUACUGCUUGGCAUUCUUCUUGCGUGGUGUUGCACUUCGAUUCGUUGCUUAUCCUGAACCACAUACGCUCGUCAGAUUGCCUUCUGAUGAUGCAAUCGGACCAAUCGAAGAGAUUACUGCUGAUGCAAAACAAUCGUUCGCAAAGGUGUUUGAAAAUGGUCAUAGAUUGGACGAAGUUGAUCGUUAUUUGGUUUAUUUCUCUCAUUAUGAAAACGGACGAUUGUUAUCAUGCAUGGGCAAAGAAGAAAUGGCCAAGAAGGAAUUCAAAGCAGUCAUGUCUGGAAAGGCAUUGGAGGCCAAAGGCAAGAAGGGCGUUUCAGGUGGAAAAGCUUCUUAUCUUUUGUCAAAUAUGUGUCAAGUUCGUACACAUGCUGCUUUGGAGACUAUGAGAAUCACAAAGAAUCGUUCGGGAAGCUUCUUCUCCAAUUCAAGUAGUUCGUUUGCCGGUGGAAACACUUUGGGUUCCAUGAACAGUUCAAGUAGAACAUCUUAUGCUUCAAGUGCUCAAUCUCAAGGUCGUGCAGGAAGUGCGGCAACCCGUUCUACCAGCGUUAGCAGUCGUGCAAGUCAAGUCAACAAUAAUACCAAAGCUGCCGGCUCUCGCGCAAGUGUUGUGACUGCCAAUUCACAACCUACAAGUUAUGCUUAGAAGGAGGGUAUUGACGGACCUUCUUGCUUUGCUAUGAUCAUGCUCUUCAUUGUAUAUAAUUCGGAUUUUGCUCUUUUUUUUCUCUCUCUCUUUCUCUAUAUGCUAUUGUGGACCGCG